AUGCUUGCUUUGUUUUUUGCCUGCAAAAUAAAAUUCUUGUUUCAGAAUUUGAGGUCAAAACGUAUUUUGGCCCUUGUACCCCAAGAAAACGCUCAAUCUGAUAUAAGUGGGACAUCGAACUCUGAGAAUGAGCUUGAAGACGAAGUGUACAACUUUCAAAGUCGAGCUUCUGAGUCAUCUGAAGCACCAUCAAUUGACUCUGCUUUAGAACGGCUCGAUAUAGAUUUUUCCGAUGACAAUUAUCCGAAUACGGCUCCGACUGAUCACACAGGAUAUGAUGAGACUGACAAUUAUGAUGAUGACCACCAAGCAAAUAACUUUUCACUGACAUCCAUAAGUUCUUUACCAACACUUUCUCCAAUGUCAAACAUACCUUCUAUGACGCCAUCAUUUAUAAUCAACCAAGUAAGUGACUCUCCCCAACAAUCUCCAUGUAAUUCUACUUCAACACCUCUUCCAAAUCGUUAUACUCGAAAACGACGCCGUCAGCAAAACUCGGUCUCGAAAAGGCCUUGUAUUGUUACUAAAAAUAAGAAAGUCAACCUCAAAUUUCAAUGGUCAAGCGGACGUUUUCGAUUUCGUGCCGAAUUAGAACCCGAUAAGUUUGAAAAUCCUAUACCUGAUGGAAAAACAACAUUAGAUUAUUUCAACGACUUUUUUUCAGAAGAUAUGUUCGACGAAAUAUGUCACUACACAAAUAUGUAUUCCAUUCAGAAAACAGGCCGAUCAAUAAAUUUGUCAGGUGCCGAAUUGCGCAAAUUUAUAGCAAUUAAAGUCAUUACGGGUAUCGUGUCCAUGCCUUCAUAUCUGGAUUAUUGGGCUACUGACACCCGUUUCCCACUGGUUGCGGAUGUAAUGCCUCUAAAGCGUUAUCAAAUUAUACGGAGAUACCUACAUUUUGUAGAUAAUAUAGAUACUGACUCCGAUCCAUAUUUUAAAAUAAGACCAGUAGUGGAAAAAAUCCGUGCAAACUGCCUGAAAGUAGAAGAAGAGACUAGAUUCAGUAUAGAUGAAAUGGUGAUUCCAUAUAAAGGCACCAAAGCUGGGAAAAAAAGACAGUAUAACCCGCGCAAGCCACGAAAAUGGGGCUUUAAAAAUUUGGUGCGAGCAGGUGCAUCAGGGAUUAUUUACGAUUUUUUUCUUUAUACUGGUAACGAUAAUUUUGGGGAUUGUAACUUUACAAAGGAAGAAGAAGGCUUAGGUUGGGGGGCCAAGGCUGUUUUGAGACUUUGUAAAAGCAUAAAGAAAAAACCUUGUGUCGUCUACUUUGACAACUUUUUUUCUUCUUUGGAUUUAAUACACCAUCUCAGGAAUUUCUACGGAAUAUUUCUUGGUACAAUGCGUACAAAUCGCCUGAGAGAUGCCGGAAAAUAUCUGAAACCAGACAAGGUUCUGAAAACUCAGGGCAGAGGGGCUUUUAGUCAAACUGUUUGUAAUAAAACCAAACACUCUGUGGUCAAAUGGAACGACAAUAAAUGUGUUGUACUGGCUUCAAGUUACGCAGACGCAUAUCCACUAACUAAGGUACGAAGAUACUGCAAAAUUAGGAAGCAGAGGAUUGAGGUACAGUAUCCUAAUGUUGUUAUGCAUUACAACGUCCAUAUGGGCGGCGUCGACCUGUCAGAUAUGCUGAUAGCUUUAUAUCGCACCGAAAUGAAGACCAGGCGCUGGUAUCUAUCGAUUUUUUCGCAAUUACUUGAUAUAUGUAUUAAUAAUGCUUGGUUGACUUACCGAAGGGAUAAUAAAAGAAAGGGAGAGAUUAAAUAUAUUCUUUUGAAACAGUUUAGGCUAAGUAUUUACAAGGCAUUGCUGAAAAAGGGGACAACUAUAGACGCAGCUAAUGUACAAGAUCUUAAUAAAAUAAAUAAAAUCAAAAACCCUACGCGUUCCAGACCAGUAGAUGAUGUUAGAUUCGAUAAUAUCGACCAUUUCCCAGAACAUGGAAAGGAUUAUGGUCGUUGUGCUUAUUGCAAAAAAGGAUUUACCACCGUUUUCUGCAUGAAAUGUAACGUCAGACUUUGCUUUGUUAAAGAUCGCAAUUGUCAUUAUAAUUACCACCAUAGGAAGCCUUAA